AUGUCCCGGGAGCAACAUGACGGAAAGUCGGAGUCAACCGGUGGAGACGAUCCCGGUCCCCCGGACUUGGCGCCGAAGACGUCCAACGCGGAGAAGAACGUGAGCAUCCUGCCGGCAGUCGACGACAAUGCGGGCCUGAGCCGCCAAGACACCGAGGCCAUUUACGCCAGGUUCAAGCCGGCCCGGAAGAGGCUCGUGACUGCCGUCGUCGCGUGCGGCGGCGUCGCCUCGACCGUGUCCUCGCUGCUGCUGCUAGCCGCCAUCCCCGAGAUCGCCGCCGACCUGGGGACGACGGGAAGCAUCAUCAACAUCAGCAACGCCAUCUACAUCCUCUUCAUGGGUCUGAGCACCUUGUUCUGGGGACCGAUGAGUCAAGUAUACGGACGCAAGUGGCCAUGCAUCAUCUCGGCGUCCACAUUUUUUGCUUUUUGCGUAGGGACCGCCCUGUCGCCCAACCUUGCCGCCUUCUUCGUCUUCCGCAUGCUGUCGGCCUUCACCGGGACGGCCUACCUCGUGCUCGGGUCGGCCUGCAUCAGCGACAUCUACAAGCCGACGGAACGGGGGACGGCCCUCGCAUGGUUCCUCAACGGCACUCUGAUCGGACAGUCGUUCGGCCCCUUCAUCGGCGGCGUCAUCGUCACCUUCCACAGCUGGCGGGCUCUGUUCUGGUUCCAGUCGGCGCUCGGCGGCCUCACGACGAUCCUAGCGGUCUCGUUCCUACCGGAGACCAGCCACCGCAGACGAGCAGACGAGCUGAAGGGCCUCGGUCCCAAAGCAAAGGUCGUGCAGGUGUGGCAAUGGGCGAAUCCGUUCCGCGUUCUCGCCCUCUUGUUGAUUCCGAAACUGUUUGUGGCUGGCAUUGCUGCGGCAUCUUUAGUCUGGAACAUGCAGGCCCUGCUGACGCCCAUCCGAUAUGUCAUAAACCCCCGGUUCAACCUAACCUCACCGCUCCAGUCGGGCCUAUUCUUCCUCGCCCCGGGAUGUGGCUUCUUCUUCGGUACGUAUGCGGGGGGCCGGUGGGCGGACCGCACGGUCAGGCUCUGGGUGAAGCGGAGAGGCAGACGCGUGCCCGAGGACCGCCUCCGCAGCUCGUUUGUGGCAAUGGGGGCCGUCAUCCCGAUCUGCAUCAUCAUCUACGGCUGGGCCAUCGAGAAGGAGAAGGGAGGCAUCCCGCUGCCUGUCGUCUGCAUGUUUGUCCAGGGGUUCGCCCAAGUCAUCGCCUUCCCUAGUAUAAACGCUUAUUGCCUGGACGUCUUCAAGGGCCGUAGCGCGGAAGUGAUAGCCGGCAACUACUUCUUUCGAUACGCCAUCGCGGCGGUCGGGACUGCGGCCUGCUUGCCGGCCAUCGAGAGCAUUGGGGUGGGUUGGUUCAGCACCAUCACCGCUCUAUUCGUCUUUUUCUCCACCGUUGCUGUAUAUGUUGUGGUCAUCAUCGCCUCGAAGGAAGACUACAAAGCUCAUGGCGAGCAAGUGUAA